AGAACGUUAAGGUUAAAAGAAGGGACGAAAUAAUAUUUGUCUCCAUAGGAUAUUAAACAACAUAUUUAACUGUGAAAUUAGAAAGGCACGCGUGAAUAUAAUUAGUUAGUCGCUGAAAUGGCGUACCAAACCAUUGCAUGGAUUGUGGUUGUCACCGCCGCCACCGUAUAUUUCCUCAACAUGCCACCACCGCCACUUUCAUCGACGCUACUCAACUGGCAAAAGAAAGGCAACAUCUUCAAAUAUAAGGGAUUUGAUAUAUUUUAUAUAGUUGAGGAAGGAGUACCAAGCAAUGGAAGCACACUUGUGUUGAUCCAUGGAUUUCCCACCUCCAGCCAUGAUUGGAGCAAGAUUCUUGGUCGCAUGAAAUCGCAGUUCAGCAAAAUCAUUAUGCUGGAUAUGUUAGGAUAUGGAUUCUCAGACAAACCGCUCGACCACGACUACCUGAUUACGGAACAGGCGGACAUCCACGAGGCUCUGCUGACGUCACUUUCUAUAUCACGCGCACACGUGAUGUCACAUGACUAUGGUGACACUGUGGCCUUGGAACUGCUUCACAGAUUCAACAACAAAGAAUCAAAGUUUCAGCUUGAAUCAAUGUGCAUGUUAAAUGGCGGCGUGUUUCCAGAGACAAAUACCCCUGGAGUAGGCCAAAAGCUUCUUUUGACGCCAGUUCUUGGGCCCGUACUGAGCCAUUUUACCUUCUACCGGAUUUUUGAAAGGGGCAUGUCAAAGGUGUUCGGAGUUGAUACCCAACCAACUUCUGAUGAAAUGAUGGAUUUCUACGCAAUAGUCAGACGAAAAAAUGGCAACGUCGUUAAUUCAAGAUUGAUAAAAUAUCUUAACCAGCGGGCAGAAAACAAGGACAGAUGGGUCGGUGCACUCGUGCAAACGAAACUUCCAGUUCACAUGAUAUAUGGGCCAUCUGAUCCAGUAAACAGUGGAUACGCUUUCGUUGAUCAUUACAAGAAAGUAGUACCAUCCCCGAGUAUAACUGUACUAGACGCGGCGAUAGGACACUACCCCUCGUGGGAGGACCCCAAUGCCGUCUAUGAAUCCUACAAGUCAUUUUUGCAGGCCAUCAAAAAGCCUUAAUUUCUCACUUCAGGUUCUUAAAAAACCUUGAAAUCAUUCCACCAGUGCAUAAAAAAUAAAUCAUUCCACCAGUCCAUAAAAACCUUCAACUCUCUAAUCUUAUCCAAUAUAUUUAUUUUAAAGCCUUGAACUCUCUCCCCAGGUAAUUAAAAUGGUCUUGAAAUUUCUUCUCCAGUCCAUUGAAAAGUCUUUUAAUAUUUCCUCUUAUAUUUAAUCGAUCAAUCAUAAUGUCCAUGGCCUUGGAAUACUCGAAAUAUUUGAACGACGUGAACACAUUUUAAAUUUUAUUAAAAAUGUAAAACAAUCAACUACUUUAAAAAAGGCUUUGAAAUAUUUUAAAACUUUAAAAUAGGAGAAAAAGAAAGCCACCCUCGUAAUAUCAAUAUGUCCAAUCUCCUUUGAAACAGAUUACUUUACCCAUAUCUAUUAAAUUCUUGAUGAAUUCGUGAAAAGUCCUUAAAGUACAAAAGCCAAUAAAGGUCUUGAACUAUUUUUGCCUUUAUUCUGGUGAUUUAUUUCCCAUAAAAAGAAAUGAAAGUUUAAUAAAGUUUACUGCUUAAUAAUUUGUAUGUGAGAGUUAAUGUUUGUUAUGAUUUCCUUAACAAUAACCUAUAUUAUUUUGUUGUUUAACGGUGUCUUUUAAUUUUAAAUGAGUAUGCUUGUAUGCCAUGUGAUUAAUAGUGUUAACAGUUUUACUUCUGUUUGUUAUAUGUUGUUUAAUUUGUGGUAUUCUAGCGCUGAAUACCGUUGUGUAAAUCUUGUAUGCGCAUUUGUUUUGUUGAACAAAUAGCUUGUUUACCAUGACAGAUAAAUACAUGCAUGACCAGCAUGUGCUUAAAUAUUGACGAGUAUUUAGCCUUUACACUUUUGUUUGACCAUGAUUCAUAAUAACCUUAAAGGGACUUGACACCAGAUGGUCCAAAAAUCGUCAAAUACAGUAUUUCCUCAAAACAAGCCUUAAUGUCGAUACGAGCUGGUAUGAGACCUAUAAUUCAUUAUUUUUAGGGAUGCAAACCAAUAUUCGAAUAUUCGAUUAAACGUUUGGUAUUCGAAUGUCAAAAUCGGAAUUCGAAUUGUCGAUUUUGUUUUUGUUUUUGAAUAAACAGAAUAAUGAACCCUUUU